AUGCGGAAACACUUGCCCAACGAAAGGCGGCAGCAACAACAGCUCUCUUUGCCAAACAAUACCGUCAAGCAGCUCAAGAAGCCUCUCGAUGCAGCUCGCAACUCAGAUACUGAUGAUGCCUACAACCCGAAAUUGAAGAAGGAUAUUCGAGCUCCUGACAAGAUGAUGGAACGCAAUGCGCUGCUUUGGUUUCUUCCGACUCCAAGCAUACAGAAGCUGAUGAACAAUGUCAUCGAGCUGCAAAGGUGGAAGUUCCUGGCCAGAUAUGGGAGACUAUCUCGCGAUCUCUGUAACGGAAGUGAAGAACGCCACAAGAACACACGAUGA